AUGCACGUCCGCUAUUUUUUGGGUGCUUCAAGCUUAGGACUCCUAGCAGGCAUUUUGGGGCGUGAUAUUGUCGCCCUCCCUCCUGACUAUGAGACCGUUCGUGUCGUUUCCAAACUUCAGCAACCAGGAACCAUUCAUAACCUGAAGGACCGUGAUUACGCGGGCCCUAGAUGUGGUCCUGAGUUAGGGCGCUGUUCUGACAGCAAUUGUUGCUCGACGGCAGGCUACUGCGGGAACACAACUGCCCACUGCCGUUCUCCAGACUGCCAAAUCGAUUACGGCCAUUGCGACGCUCAUGCUACUCCUGGGGGUCCACCGACAGAGGGAAUCCCUCGACCACAGAUCGGCAGUGUCCCAUAUGGUCCACAAGCGAUCCGUUCCUGCACUACCCCAGGAACUAUAGCUUUGACGUACGAUGAUGGACCCAACCAAUACACUGGCGAUCUCCUUGACCUCUUGGAUAAAUAUCAUGCGAAAGUGACUUUCUUCGUCACCGGAAACAACAACGGCAAGGGCCAAAUUGAUAGUCCCGGAGUACCAUGGGCGUCCUUGAUUCAACGUAUGCUGCUAAGCGGACACCAGGUAGCUAGUCAUACCUGGUCACACCAAGAUCUCAACAAAGUUUCUCAGGUUCAACGUCGUACCCAACUUUUAUGGAAUGAAGUAGCUUUUCGAAACAUUCUCGGCAGUUUCCCCACGUAUAUGCGCCCGCCUUACUCGAGCUGUACCCAAGAGUCGGGCUGUUUGAACGAUAUGGGAGAUCUCGGAUAUCAUGUCAUCCUAUACGAUAUCGAUACUGAGGAUUAUAGCCACGAUAGUCCCGACUCCAUUCAACGCUCGAAAGACAUUUUCGAUGAGAACUUGGCUUCUGGGAAGAAAACUCACCGGUCAUGGCUCGUCAUUGCUCACGAUGUUCAUGAGCAAACCGUUCAUAAUCUCACUGAGCAUAUGCUCAAAAGAUUGAAGGCCGAAGGCUACCGAGCUGUGACUGUCGGAGAGUGUCUGGGAGAUCCUGAAACGAACUGGUAUCGCAAGGAUGACAACUUUGAUGGUAAAACCGUCGGGAAGUUUAGGGCCCAACCCCAUCUCGCAAAUCCUUCACAAGAUGGAAAGUGCGGGGGGAAUGUGACAUGUAUUGGGUCUUCGUUUGGUUUAUGCUGUGGUAGUCAAGGCCACUGUGGUAAUUCCAGUGAGUUUUGUGGCACUGGUUGCCAGCUCGACGCCGGUUAUUGCGAAAACGAUUUCAUUGAGAAUCAAGGUGGCUCUGAAGUGGUGAGCUACCCCGAUCCUUUUAGCCAUAGUAUCGCCUCUGGGAAGAAGGGUUCCAAGUCGGAUGCAAGCUCGGUCUUGUGUCGUAGCUCUGUGCUACUUGCUUUGGUAUUCGUCUCGGCUCUUAUGUUCUUAUGAUUCAAAAUUGACCCGUAUACCAUUUCUCAGGUCUCUUAGGCCUUGACGCACGCAAAAUAGACCGCAACAGUCAUAUGGCCAACAGCGGUUAAUCACCACUAUUCAUGUUUCUUUAGCUCAGAAAGAGCAAAAAUCGGCUAUGUUUUACACUCUCUUUCCUGUUUUUAGUUAUUCAGAAGGGUGGAGUUCAGCGAGUAGAUUAGACAUUCUGGAAGCUAGAUUAAUUGAUAG